AUGACCAGCAUUGGUCGGCAAACUAAGGCCUUGCUUAAGAAGGAGCUACUCAUUGUUCGAAAGAGUCUGCCUACUGCGAUCAUCACCGUCGUCUUUCCUAUUGUGGCACUUCUUCUUUUCUCCCUUCCCAACAUCGGUGGCGACACCCACGCGGAGAAGUUCACGGGUCAGUCGGUGUAUCAGCCACCCUUUGAAGACGUCCUCGCCCCCAGACGGUUCUUGGACAGCCCUGUGUACCCCACCGACACUCAAAUUCCCUACUCGCCAACUUGGAUCCCCUUCGAAUGGGAAGCCCAUCAGGAGCGUAUAUGGUGGGCGCCUACGACUGAUUCUACCGCUAGUUCAGUCAUGAAAGUUGCCGCUGCUAUGAAGGGCAUUGAUGCUUCCGAGCUACGAGGUUUUGCCAGCGAUGAUGAUCUGAAGACUGCAUAUCAGGAGGCCAGACCUGGCAGUUUUUUUGCUGGUAUCAUCUUUGACUCGACUGACCCCACUCUCUUCGCAUAUGAGAUACUCAUCAAUGGGACAUAUGCACCAAACAGUGAAGCAGAUAAACAGAUCGUCGUUAUCGAUGACACGAACCAUGCCUUGGUUUUGGACUAUGGCAAGUAUAUUGACACGGGUUUCGUCGCUAUACAGAGGAUGCUCGACGAAGCUAUUGUUAAGGUCUUCAACACCAACAACAUCACCAAUAUACCAUCGUUGAAUGCUAUUCAAGCUUUUCCAAGACCGUCAGUACAAGCGGCCGAAGCUCCGUGGGUGUUCAAGUGGCUACCUGGAAAUGUAGAGCGCCUUUCGGCGUUGAAAACAGUUCUCUCCAUCAUACCGUGGUUCGCUAGUAUGCGAGGCGGCGAGAUCACUGCUGGGUUGGAUUUGAGAGGAAGACGUGUUGGUCUGACUUGGUCCAAUGCUUGGGAAUAUGAUUUCGGUUAUCUCCUCAUUGCUCAAGCCUGCGGUAUUCUCGUUCUGCUCGGAAUUGCGGAACUUCGAUUUCACCCUAGUCGGUGUUGCCGAUCGAAAGUAGUCCAGGACUGCGAUGAGCCAACGACAAUCAAUGACGAUUGUGUCGCUGAGGACACCAUUAUGGAGCGCCCUGCCAUCAGAGUAACUGGCCUCACUAAGCGCUUCCGUCGGCAGGACAAGUCGGUCCUUACAGCUGUGAACCAGCUCUCCUUGAAGGUCGAUAAAGGGGAGAUCCUCGGGCUCCUUGGUCACAAUGGUGCUGGGAAGACUACUGCUAUCAGAAUGCUAUGUCGUGAACUCGAACCAGAUGAUGGUGUUGUGGACUUCAUCACUGCUAAAGGCGAUAUUGAUGUUGCUCCAGUAUUGGGAGUGUGCCUCCAACAGGAUAUACUUUUCCCUGAGCUCUCGGCUAAGGAGCAUUUGCAGACUUUCGCGCUUUUGAGAGGCUCGCCAUCACCCGAUGAUGAGGAAGUUCGCAACAUGAUGGCUAACGUUGGCCUUGACAAUGCUGAAAUCGAUGAAUGUGUAUCGUCUUAUUCUGGCGGUAUGAAGCGUAAGUUGUCUCUGGCCAUAUCACUCCUCGGUGAUCCUGACUACCUGCUUCUGGAUGAGCCAAGUGCAGGCGUGGACCCCUACUCUCGACGAUCUCUGUGGGAUGUUCUACUACGCCUUGCUCACGAUGAAGGGAAGACUAUCAUCAUGACGACUCACUUCAUGGACGAAGCUGAUAUGCUGUCGAAUCACAUUGCUAUAAUGAGAGGGGGUCGCCUUGUGGCCUACGGGACCAGUCUUUUCCUCAAGUACAACAUUGCCCGCCUGGCUGCUACCAAUGCUGGAGUCACUGCUGGUUACACUCUACUGCUACUUGUAAGGCUUGUAGAGCUCCCCAACUCCAUCGUAGUGCAGCGUCGUAUCUUAGGUUCUUCCAAGAAAGAUAGAGAUGAGGUGAUGCGCAAGUUGAAGAAUAUCAUACCGGGUAUCAAAGGCUCGAGUGUGAAGGAUGAACAAGUCUCCGUCAAUUUGCCCUUGGGAGCUGAGAUGUUCUAUGCUGACGUUUUGGAUGUCCUCAAUUCUACCGGAGCUCCUGACGUGGCCAUGAGCCUCACCUCAUUAGAAGACGUUUUCCUAGCAACCUCUGACGAGAAGGAAAGAAGAUUCAAUAUGGCGCUCAGUGGGGACAACGAAGCCAUCGAAGGCCCGUAA